GUAGGAUGGUACGAGCCGCAUUUUCGUACUCGCCAGCAACAAAUGUGACGAACACCCAAGAGACACAUGCGGUCUGGACUGACGCACCCUCCUUCGACACACCUUCUUUCUACACACCCUCUGUUGACAACCCUUCCUACACAACUCCCUUCGACCCACGCUGCUUCGACCACAUCAUGAUGUCUCUGCCUGGUACCUCAGGCGUACAAGGGAUACCCGACACGGGUCUUCCGAUCCUUCCGCAGCAACUUGGCACAGCGCAAAACGACGCCGGCCGCCAACACUGGAUGCAGCACGGAGAAACCCGUCCUCCCGAACCUCCCGCUGGUGACUGGCCUCCACUGCCAGGGCCGAGCAGCCUCGAUCGAUCGGUAACGCUGUACCAUCCUCGGGCUGUGCCAGCGCCAGCUCAAUCUGGCGGGAAUCUCGGUAAGUUACAGCAAGCGCAGCCGAAUGCCAGCGCAAGCUCGAUCGCGCCGGCGGCCUCCCUGACGCGGACGCCUCGGAACGAGUCGGAGGCGUGGGACGGGUGUCGCGCCCACGUCGACGCCACGAAGGGCGCAGUCAAGGCGCAUCUUCAGGAGGCGCACCACGCCGACUUUCCGGCAUACUCCAGGGCGAAGGACCACGGGGCGAAGAGCUGCUGCAAGUGGGAGAGGUGCACGCGCAGGCCGAUGAGCAACCUCUGGCGGCAUGUGUUUGAGAUCCAUGCGCGCGUCGCGACGACGGUGCGGUGCGAGAAGUGCAUGACGAGGUUUACGCGGGCGGAGUCGCUGCGCAGGCAUCUCCACAACUGGGGAUGACGAACUUAACGCAUGAAUAUUGAUGAUUGUACUCGGACUGUUUCAAAAAACCAGGCUGUACUUGCUUGACUUAUGUCUACUUUCUAGUAACCUUACUGUACGCGCUGGUGAGCUGCCGCUUUCUGAUCGCUUUGUGACUGCUUUGUUCUAUGUACUUUCAAUGUAUCUGCCGUUCAUACCCUAUUUACGAGACUACUUAUGCAAUGUCAUCCAUGUCAAUUCGCGCAU